AUGGCAUUUAUGCAAUACGGAAUGACCACAAUUAUCACUCUGAACCGUCUUACUGUACUUUUGAAUUUCACAUUUUUUGAACCAAUCUGGAAGAAAUACAGUUGGCUAUUAGUUAUUUUCCUCAUCUUUCUUCCAUUUUUGAGCACAAAAGUUGCUCUGAAUUAUGAUUCCAAAUUCUCAUAUCAGAACUCGACGGAUUAUUUUUUACUGACUUCUGGAAUGCCAGUUUGGGAAAUUUACUCAAUUUUAAUUCCAUUUAUGAUAGUUACCAUAGUUACUAGUUUGGCGGCUAAUUUGUCUAGUUUCGUUUUUGUCAAACAUCGAAAAUUGGUGAUGGCUUAUAAAGCAGAUGCGCAAAAAACUACAACAAAUGUUCAAGAGGAGUUCUCCUGCUACCGUGGCUACUGUAGUUUUCAAAAGUCGAUCUGUAUAAAUUAA